GAGGCGGGGCCUGACCGGCGCUCAGGUCCCGGCGUGGCUCUUUCCCGGCCCUGCGGGGCAGGGGGUCGGCCGGGGUCAAGUUGGGCACCUACUCCCCGGCCGCUCGGUGCCGCUGCGAGGAGGGGCAGCCCGAGCUCGAGGUCCCCAGGUGCAGCCGGCAUGGGGUGGGGUGCAGGUUGGGAGAAGAGGCCCCCGCCACCCUCGGCACCUCCCGCCCUGCUGUCCUGGCCAGCUACGGGGAGGCAGGCGCUCGUCGUCGGUGCCUGGGGGAGGAGGCAAGGGCGCAGGAGCUUGGGAAGACGCCCCUGUCCCGCACCCCUGCGCCCCAGCCAGCGGCUGCGGCGGCCAGGAGCCCACUGGCCCGUUCUCCCGCCCCCUGUCCGACCCACUGGGCCAACUUUUGACUCCGGGUGUCCAGACACCCACCCAGGUGUGAGCCCGGGAUCGCAGAGCUGCCUGAGAACUGGACGGACACUCGGGAGACGCUGCUGGAGGGGAUGCUGUUCAGCCUCAAAUACCUGGGCAUGACGCUGGUGGAGCAGCCCAAGGGCGAGGAGCUGUCGGCUGCCGCCAUCAAGAGGAUCGUGGCUACGGCUAAGGCCAGUGGGAAGAAGCUGCAGAAGGUGACUCUGAAGGUGUCUCCACGGGGAAUUAUCCUGACAGACAACCUCACCAACCAGCUCAUUGAGAACGUGUCCAUAUACAGGAUCUCCUAUUGCACGGCAGAUAAGAUGCAUGACAAGGUGUUUGCAUACAUCGCACAGAGCCAGCACAACCAGAGCCUCGAGUGCCACGCCUUCCUCUGCACCAAGCGGAAGAUGGCACAAGCUGUUACCCUCACCGUAGCCCAGGCCUUCAAAGUCGCCUUUGAGUUUUGGCAGGUGUCCAAGGAAGAGAAAGAGAAGAGGGACAAAGCCAGCCAAGAGGGAGGGGAUGUCCUGGGGGUCCGCCGAGACUGCACCCCCGCCUUGAAGAGCUUGGUCGCCACUGGGAACCUGCUGGACUUAGAGGAGACGGCUAAGGCCCCGCUGUCCACGGUCAGCGCCAACACCACCAACGUGGACGAGGUGCCGCGGCCACAAGCCUUGAGUGGCAGCAGUGUUGUCUGGGAGCUGGAUGAUGGCCUGGAUGAAGCGUUUUCAAGGCUUGCCCAGUCUCGGACGAACCCUCAGGUCCUGGACACUGGCCUGACAGCCCAGGACAUCCAUUACGCCCAGUGCCUCUCGCCUGUCGACUGGGACAAGCCUGACAGCAGCGGCCCAGAGCAGGAUGACCUCUUCAGCUUCUGAGGGCCCGGGGCCAGCCGGACACAAGCGACCCUGAUGUCUGACGGACCAAAGCCACCUGCUGCGGGGGAGCCGGCUCCGGAACCCGCCCGCCACCUCUCCCAGCCCUCAGCACUGUCAGCCUGAAGAUCAGAGCUGCAGCUAGUCAGGCAGGGGAGAGAUUUUUUUUUUAAGCCCUGCUCUUUCUCUGAGAACCAAAAGAUGCCUUGAAUAUUUAUUCAGUGACUUCUGGCUUAUGCUCGGAAGCCAGUCUGCGUCAGGCACGUCUCCUGCUGCAUGACGUGUGCAGUGCUGCAGUCGGCUCCCGCUUGCUCUCCUGUAGCAAGCUCUGCCCUGGCUGUGGGUAUCAGGACUGUGACCAAAGCAUUUCUAGUCCCUUCUGUCUUUCUAAGGACCCAAAUUUCCCUGGGGGCAUCCUGCUUCCUGAAAGCCGUUGGAUUUCAGUGAUUUUUUCCCCUCACCCCCCAGCACAGGAGAGCACCCACAGCCUCAGAAGGGGAAUGUGUCCUCCUGCUCUCCUUCCUCAGGGCCCAGCAGGCGGGGCUUGAGUCCUGGACCCCAGGCUCUUAGAGACUAAGGGGCAGCUCCUGACCAAAGACGAUACAGCUUGGCACUUUAAAGCGUUCACAGCAGGUGUGGCCCUGAAGGCUCCUCCAUGGUGCUGCAUUGAAUCCCGCUUUCCUCCUGCCCUUCCUCCAGGAGAAGGGGCCCAAGGUCCCCGUGGAUGGUCUCCACCUGUGCUUGGAACCAGUGUAACUCGCUGCUCCCAGCGACUGACUGCGGGGAUCAUCUCUGACCGCCCUCCGUCGGGUCCCUCCCUGCCUUCUCCCCUGCACGCAAGGCUGUGCUCCUCCUCUGCUUUCUGUGUGUCUCUUUGAGUGUCUCUGUGCCCCGCCUCCCCAUACUUCCUGGGAUGAUGUGUGAAACCUGACACCUAGAUUUAUUUGGAAAUAUUCUAUGACCACUUUACAGAUGAGGAAACUGAGGCCUCAAGCAUGGCGGGGUAGAGUGAAGAGUAGAACCCAGGUCUGAUGCCAAAGCUGCUUUCUUCUCUGCCUCCUCCUCACACAACUCACACCUCCUUUGCUUCUAGCUUUGUUGUCCUCCCAGGAACCAAAAAACCCCAGCUAUUUUCUGACCAAAAUGUGUUUCAUAACAAACCAUCUGGUGCCUUUCCACACAGAACUGGCAGGAGCCCCGUGUCCUGCUAGCUGUCUCUCUUGUUGAUUUCCGUGAAAAUGCAGUGUUUGAAGUCUGCUCAUCCCGAGGGUGAAACAAAAUCCAGCCCUGUCAGAAUCAUGCUGUUCUCUUUGCUGACGCUGUGACCCUGGGUCGGGACAUACCAGCAGCAGUCUGUCUUUAGAAUCUCUUUCCUUCCUCCCCUUUUGCCCCCGUGGGGCUCCCGGCAUCCUGAAAGCCAGCAAAGCCUCCAGCAUCUUUGCCAUCCUGAGGUGCCUCCCAGUGGCCUGGCUUGUCUGAGCAAGUUUCAUCAGCCCCAGGGAAAACACAGCCCUCCUUAGAACCUCCUUACCUGGAGUAACCGGACACCUUAGAUGGAGGUGCCUGAGGGUGGGGUGGGAUUUGUAGGGUCGUUAUCAGAACAAGAGGAUAACUUUCUUGCCCCAGCUCUGUAGCCAUCUUUUUGGCAUCAGCCUCUCUAUGUGUCAUAAGGCGGCGUGGGCGAGGCCUGACACAGGCCAACCUUGGCACAAGGGGGGCCAGGGGUUCUGAGAAGCGCUGCCCUAUGAGAGCCACACUGGCCUUCGUCUCCAUCUCUCGUUGACGGGCUGUCCGUGUGCCUCCUGUGUGUCUGCAGACAAGUCUUGCUGUGCUUUAUUUGUGAAAGUUUAAUGAGAAAAAAACAAAUAAUAAAUGUUCUCAUUUUGAAAC